GAGCCUCUGAGCGUCGCAUGUGGGUGACGUCAUCAGCGCGGGCCACGCUCCUUCCUCCAUGUGUUUCUCUUCGUUGUUGUGAUCUGCAGUAACCGGUCGCAGGUUAAUUUUGGGUGAAUAUCAUCAUGUCUUCGAGCUGUCGCAGACCCGAGCACAUGGCCCCUCCAGAGGUGUUCUACAAUGAACAAGAGGCCAAAAAAUACUCCCAAAACUCUCGGAUGAUCGAGAUCCAGACGCAGAUGUCCGAGCGGGCCGUGGAGCUGCUCAGUCUGCCCGAGGAUCAGCCCUGUUACCUGCUGGAUGUGGGCUGCGGCUCUGGACUCAGUGGAGACUAUCUGUCUGAAGCUGGCCACUAUUGGGUCGGUGUGGACAUCAGCACAGCCAUGCUGGAUGUGGCCCUGCAGCGGGCCGUGGAGGGAGAUCUCCUGCUGGGGGACAUGGGCGAGGGCUUGCCCUUCAGGCCGGGGAUGUUCGACGGCUGUAUAAGUAUUUCAGCGCUGCAGUGGUUGUGUAACGCAGAUAAGAAAACACACAGUCCUCCGAAGAGACUCUACCGCUUCUUCAGCACGCUGUACUCGUCACUGGCCAGAGGAGCACGUGCUGUGUUCCAGGUAUACCCUGAAAACUCAGAGCAGCUGGAGCUGAUCACGGCUCAGGCCAUGAAAGCUGGGUUCACCGGCGGGAUGGUCGUCGACUUUCCCAACAGCAGCAAGGCCAAAAAAUUUUUCCUGUGUUUGUUUGCUGGUGUAUCAGGAGUCUUACCCAAGGGUUUGGGUUCAGAGUCGGCUGACAGAGCUGUAUCAACUCAGGCUCAGUUCACAGCACAGAGGUCCCGUUUCAAACACAUGAAAGGAAAGUCUGUGAAGAAGAGUAAGGACUGGAUCAUGGAAAAGAAGGAAAGACGCCGGCGCCAGGGGAAGGAAGUAAGGGCCGACACGAAGUACACGGCUCGUCACAGGAAACCUCGCUUCUGAUCCCUC